AUGGCCAUAAGAGAAGCAGGAGGAGGUGUGGCAAUGAGAGCAGUGCUCCCGCGGCUCAUUGACAUCACUGUCUUCAACCUGGCUUUCUUGACAGUCACAGAGACCACUGCCGCACCACAAAGAUGUUUAUUCACUAGAAAACAUCAGAAUAAGCCCUUGAUUGUUCUUCAAGAAUGA